AUGCGGUGGCUCCUUUUUCCCACCAUCUUCAUCAUCCCUUGUACGCAACAGUUUUUCCACAGUCCAGCGUUGAAGCCCGGAGAAAAACCUUCAGACAGCGGCGAAGCCCACCAGCGCAAGGAGGUUUGUCGGUGGCCGUGCAGAUGCCCGCCCGUGCCGGCCUGCAGCCCCGGGGUCAGCCUGGUGAAGGACGGCUGCGGCUGCUGCAAGGUCUGCGCCAAGCAGUCGGGGGAGACCUGCGACGAAGCCGCCGUCUGCGAUCCCCACAAAGGCCUCUACUGCGACUACUCGGAAGACGAGCCUAGGUAUGAAACAGGCGUGUGCGCAUAUCUGGUAGCGGUAGGAUGUGAGCUCAACGGAGUUUAUUAUCUUAACGGGCAGACCUUCCAACCGAACCCGCUCUAUCAGUGCCUGUGUGUCAGCGGUGCGAUUGGAUGUACGCCUGUCCUCGCGCCAGGAUCAGCAGCAAGUCCCUGCGCCAGAGUUGGGGGCCGAAGGCAGCCCGGACAAUCCCUCUGCGUCCCGGGACAGCACAAGCAUCUUCAGUCACCGAACUACAGACUGAUGUCAGCUUACAGAAGCUUACCGCUAGUUUUGAAGAAAACGUGCCUGGUCCAAGCAACCCCCUGGACAGCCUGCUCCCGGACCUGCGGCAUCGGCAUAUCCAGCAGAGUGACCAAUGAGAACAGAAAAUGUGAAAUGAAAAAAGAAAAGAGGCUGUGCUUCAUCCGGCCUUGUCUGACCAACAUACUGAGGACAAUAAAGGUUCCAAAAGGAAAAACAUGUCAACCAACAUUCCAGCUUCCUACAGCAGAAAAACUAGUUUUUUCCGGAUGCGCAAGUACUCAAAGCUACAAACUCACUUUCUGUGGCGUGUGCUUGGACAAGAGGUGCUGCAUACCUAAUAAGUCCAAAAUGGUCACUGUACAGUUUGAGUGUCCCAGUGAAGGCUUCUUUAAGUGGAGGAUGAUGUGGGUAACAUCGUGCGUAUGUCAGAGGAUUUGCAGUGCUCCAGGAGAUAUAUUUUCCGAACUCAAAGUUCUAUGA